UAUGUCGAAAAUAGGGGAAAUAAGUCAGAUUGUUUUGGUUAAUACAAAAACAAAAAAAAUUUCAAACAGUAACGCGUGCUUGCUAAAAUUAUUGAAAAUUGUGAAUUAUAGUGGAAAACAAAAAAAUUUUAGAAAUUGUGUUCGUUCUUUAUCUGUUUCAAGCAAAAUGUUUAAUAAUAAGAGCUUGGAGAGCAACAUGAAGUACAUUUUAGUGACUGGUGGAGUGAUAUCUGGGGUUGGAAAAGGAGUUAUAGCCAGUUCUUUUGGAACAUUAUUAAAUUGUAGUGGAAUAUCGGUAACAUCCUUAAAAAUAGACCCAUAUAUUAACAUUGAUGCAGGAACUUUCUCGCCAUAUGAGCACGGAGAAGUAUAUGUUUUGGACGAUGGAGGAGAAGUUGAUUUAGAUUUGGGCAAUUAUGAAAGAUUCUUGGAUGUGACAUUACAUAGAGACAAUAACAUAACUACCGGAAAAAUCUAUAAACAAGUUAUUGAAAAAGAGCGUGAAGGUCAAUACCUAGGAAAAACAGUUCAAGUCGUUCCUCAUAUCACAGAUGCAAUUCAAGAAUGGGUAGAAAGAGUUGCUCAACAGUCAGUCAAAGCUAACGUGAAACCUGAAGUAUGCAUAAUAGAACUAGGCGGAACUAUUGGGGAUAUUGAAGGAAUGCCCUUUGUUGAAGCUUUUAGACAGUUUCAAUUCAGAGUCAAGCGCGAAAAUUUCUGUGUUGCUCAUGUAUCGCUUGUUCCGAUGCCUCGAUCAACAGGUGAACCCAAAACAAAGCCAACACAAGCAUCUGUUAGAGAAUUAAGAGGCCUCGGAUUGUCACCAGAUUUAAUUGUUGUUCGGUCUGAACGAGCUAUAGGUCAAGAAGUGAAGGAGAAGAUAAGCAAUUUUUGUCAUGUUGGCCCAGAUCAAGUCAUCUGUAUUCAUGAUCUAUCAUCUAUAUAUCACGUGCCGAUUUUAAUGGAAUCAAGCGGAGUUAUGAAAUUUUUAACUGAACGUCUUCAUCUUAAUAUUGCUCCAGGUCGUCCUGACAAACCACUCAGCCGAUGGAGAGAUCUUGCUCGAAGGGUUGACAAUUUGACGAGAGAAGUGACGAUUGCACUUGUUGGAAAAUAUACACGUUUAGAAGAUAGCUAUGCAUCAGUAUCGAAAUCACUACAACAUGCUUCAAUUCAAGCAGGCUAUAAGUUAAACUUAAUUUUCAUUGAGGCAUGUAACUUGGAAAGAACAAUGAAGCAUGAUAAUCCUGUGUUGUAUCAUGAAGCUUGGCAACUUCUCUGCAAAAGUGAUGGAGUUUUAGUUCCAGGCGGGUUUGGACAGAGAGGAAUAGAAGGCAAAAUUCGAGCAUGCCAAUGGGCUCGUGAAAAGAAGAAGCCAUUCUUAGGUAUAUGUUUAGGAUUGCAAGCAGCCGUUAUCGAAUAUGCUAGAAAUGUUUUGAAACUUGAAGAUGCUAAUUCAACGGAAGUUAAUCCGGAAACAAAGUAUCCAUUAGUAGUUGACAUGCCUGAACAUCAUCCAGGUCAAAUGGGAGGAACUAUGCGAUUAGGCAGGAGAACGACAUUAUUUAAGGGCGACAGUACAAUUAGAAAAUUGUAUGGAAAUGCUGAAUCAGUUGACGAAAGACAUCGUCAUCGUUAUGAAGUUAAUCCAAAGUUUAUUGACGAAUUAGAAAAAAAUGGACUUAAGUUUGUUGGACAUGACUCGGAACAACAGAGAAUGGAAAUUAUGGAAUUAGACAAUCAUCCAUAUUACGUUGCAACACAAUAUCAUCCAGAAUAUUUAUCUCGUCCAUUGAAACCAUCACCACCAUUCUUGGGAUUAAUUUUGGCAUCGAUUGGGAAACUUCAAAUGUACUUAAAUCAAGGAUGUCGAUUGUCACCAAAACAAUUGAGUGAUGCAAGCUCAGAUGAUGAAGAAACGAUGAUUGCACUCGCAAAUACUAUGAAAAAAUCAACCCUUUUGAUGCCCCCAAAACUAAAUGGACAUACUAACGGAAGCAGUUCAACUGGUUCAAUUGGAUCUUAUGAAAGCUCAAGUGCAGAGGAGUUAGAAAAGUAAAGACAGACGAAAAGCAUUUAAAAUUGAGUAUCUCAAAUAACAUUUUUUAAAUUAUUUUUGACUUUCUUUAUUCCAUCCUAUCUCCCUUCCCUAACUGUAUUUCAAGAAAAAUUAUGUCAAAAUCAUAGCCUAUGUAUAGUUUAAGUCUGUAAAGUUUAAUAAUUUAGAAAAUCAAAAUAAAGUUGUUCUCUCUUUUU